CAAGUGGCUGGAAAAACUGCAUUUCAUGGUUGACAUGACACGUCACCUAAACACGCUUAAUAAAAGUCUCCAGGAGAGGGGAAACACUGCACUGCAAAUGCUGGAAGCCGUUUUGUCAUUCGAGCGCAAACUGGCAGUAUUCGCUAGGGAUGUACAGCGAGGCACGCUCUCUCACUUCUCCUCCCUGAGAGAGUUCAAAGAUGCCCAUCAGGAUCACACUCUCAACGGUGAUUAUUUGCAAGGUGCAAUCGUUGAUAUGCAAGCUGCAUUUGGGAGCAGAUUUAGUGAGUUCCGAAAGGAAAAAAUGACACUUUCUUUCCCUGUCACACCCCUGGAAAUUGACCCUUCCUUGUUGAAUACAUUCCCAGGAGUAAAUCAAGCUGACCUCGAAAUGGAAAUGGCUGAUAUAGCUGACAAAGAUUUGUGGGUGGCCAAAUUCAAAAGUCUGACAGCAGAGCUUGAAGACGUCAGCCGCCAGAAAGCCCAUGCUGCCCAAAAUCACAAAUGGAGCGACAUUGAAAGCCUCCCAACACCAGAAAAACUUGUGUUUGAAACAUGGAAGGCCCUUCCCGACACUUACAGGAACAUGAAGACAUACGCAUUUGGGGUAUUAUCCAUCUUUGGAUCAACAUAUCUGUGCGAGCAGAUAUUCUCAAACGUGAACUACAUCAAAUCCAAAUACCGCACCCGCCUCACAGAUGAGAGCUUGCAGUCCUGCGUGAAGAUUAAAGUUUCAUCUUACAUGCCCGAUGUUGAGAAGCUGUCCAAUGAUGUCCGAAAACAGAAGUCACAUUGAACAGGUCUGAAGAUGUAUUGUGCGUGUCUGUAGAUAAGAGGGGGAAGAGAAGAGGAGGCUCCGGCGUUUGACCCUCGCACUGACUGCUACUUGGCGUUUAUGAACCAAAGAGAAA